UGAGGGUCCCAGCCAAUGCUGCGCAAGCGCCCAUACCAGGGCGUGGCGCACUAUGACCUGUCUGCUGCGCUUGCGCGUGCUCAGGCAGCACCAGGUUGGGGGCGGGGCGGGACAGGAAAUGUUACAUCGACUGGUGGCAGCGGCCGGCAGUCGAGCCGUGGCCUGUCCACUUUCCGUGUUGUGGCGAUGUGGCGGCGGUGCAGGAAGAGGCGGGACGGCCUGGAUCAGAGUGAGAGCCCUUGGCACCGCUCGGCAGGUGAGAGGGGAAACGCUGCCCAAAUUCCGGAUGGCCCGUUCCUCCAGGGGAUGCACUUGCAGCAGCUUCCUCUGCAGGGACGAUUGACUUCAUUUUCCCAAUGGCUGUGUUCAAAACCACCCAAAGAAACUGGAGAACCAAAGAAGGCUGGGCUUAGAGGAGAUGGAGGCAAGAAAGGAGGGAAGCAGGAUGAAUUUGCUUGGUGGAAACGGAUGCCGAAGGGGAAGUUUCCUGGGGACGACAAGGAUUUCCGAAAUCUGGCUGUUUUGGGGGCAGGUGUUGCUGUGGGUUUUUUGUAUUUCUGUUUCCGAGAUCCUGGAAAAGAGAUCACCUGGAAGCACUUUGUACAGUAUUAUCUGGCCAGAGGUCUGGUGGACCGACUGGAAGUUGUAAAUAAACAAUUUGUGCGUGUUAUUCCUGCUUCUGGGACAUCUGAGAAGUUCGUGUGGUUUAACAUAGGUAGUGUUGACACCUUUGAACGUAACCUGGAGUCUGCUCAGUGGGAACUGGGGAUUGAGCCCACCAAUCAGGCUGCUAUAGUCUAUACUACUGAGAAUGAUGGCUCUUUUCUCCGGAAUCUAGUGCCCACUCUGUUCCUGGUUGGAAUUCUCCUCUAUGCUGUGAGGAGAGGCCCAAUGGGGAAUGGUCGUGGUGGGCGAGGAGGGGGCCUCUUCAGUGUUGGUGAGACAACAGCCAAGAUCUUAAAGAACAACAUUGAUGUGCGAUUUGCAGAUGUAGCUGGCUGUGAAGAAGCCAAAUUGGAAAUUAUGGAGUUUGUGAAUUUCUUGAAGAACCCAAAGCAGUAUCAGGACUUAGGAGCCAAAAUUCCAAAGGGAGCCAUGCUCACUGGUCCACCUGGCACAGGCAAAACACUUCUUGCAAAAGCAACUGCAGGGGAGGCCAAUGUGCCUUUCAUCACAGUGAAUGGAUCAGAGUUUCUGGAAAUGUUUGUUGGUGUUGGGCCAGCAAGGGUUCGUGACAUGUUUGCAAUGGCACGGAAAAAUGCUCCUUGUAUUUUAUUCAUUGAUGAGAUAGAUGCUAUUGGCAGGAAACGAGGCCGUGGGCAUCUGGGAGGCCAGAGUGAGCAGGAGAACACCUUAAAUCAGAUGCUCGUGGAGAUGGAUGGGUUCAACUCUACCACUAAUGUGGUGGUGUUGUCUGGCACCAACCGCCCUGAUAUCCUUGACCCAGCUCUUACACGUCCUGGCCGGUUUGACCGCCAGAUUUACAUUGGUCCUCCUGAUUUCAAAGGCAGGUCUUCCAUUUUCAAGGUCCAUCUACGUCCACUCAAGCUGGAUGAAAGCCUCAGUAAGGAUGCUCUGUCAAGGAAGCUGGCAGCUCUCACUCCAGGCUUCACUGGUGCAGAUAUUUCUAAUGUAUGCAAUGAAGCGGCCCUGAUUGCUGCCCGUCAUCUUAGCCCUUCUGUCCAGGAGCAGCAUUUUGAACAAGCCAUCGAGAGGGUCAUUGGAGGGCUUGAGAAGAAGACCCAGGUCCUACAACCCAGCGAAAAGACAACUGUGGCCUACCAUGAGGCUGGGCAUGCAGUAGUGGGCUGGUUCUUGGAACAUGCAGACCCUCUGUUGAAGGUGUCCAUCAUCCCCCGGGGCAAGGGGCUUGGCUAUGCCCAGUACCUUCCCCGUGAGCAGUACCUUUACACACGGGAGCAGCUCUUCGACCGCAUGUGUAUGAUGCUGGGGGGCAGGGUAGCUGAACAGCUGUUCUUUGGUCGGAUCACCACAGGUGCUCAGGACGACCUGAGGAAAGUCACCCAGAGUGCCUAUGCCCAGAUUGUGCAGUUUGGAAUGAGUGAGAAGCUGGGCCAGGUGUCCUUCGACUUUUCCAGACAAGGCGAGGCUGUGGUGGAGAAACCGUAUAGUGAGGCUACUGCUCAGCUCAUUGAUGAAGAGGUCCGGCACCUUGUCAGGUCUGCAUAUGAUCGGACUCUGGAGCUGCUUACACGGUGCCAGGAGCAGGUAGAGAAGGUGGGCAGGCGACUCCUGGAGAAAGAAGUGCUGGAGAAGGCCGACAUGAUAGAGCUAUUGGGCCCUCGGCCCUUUGCAGAGAAGUCCACCUAUGAGGAAUUUGUAGAGGGUACCAGCAGCCUCGAGGAGGACACAUCCCUUCCUGAGGGACUGAAAGACUGGAAUCAGGGACGGGAAGAAGGGGGCCCUGAGCAGUGCUUACAGGAGCGCAUCACAUAGCCUGUGGCAUGUGCCACUGCUGGAUGGGUGCUGGUCAGCCUUUGUAGAGCUGCUGCCAGAGCAACUGGAAAACAAAUUAAAAUAGGUGACAACUGCAAA